AUGUCCAGACCCAGUGGGAAAUCAAUAUACAUGCAGAGAAAGGAGUACUCCGAAGCGCUGAACAAACAUCCUGACAACAUUCACGUCAGAGUGGAGCACUUGUUCACCUGUGAACUGGACGGCCGGGAGCUGAAGACUAUAGAGGACUGCUUGGCCAAGCUCAAGAGGCUGGAUGCCAAAAGUAGUCUGUGGCCUCAGGAGAUGAUCAUGGAGGUUCAGGGUGGAUAUCUACUGCUCAGUGAUAUCGAGACUAAGGCAGAGCUGGAGUCUCUGCCUUUGAGCUGCAUCCUGCAAACCAACGCUGUGCUGGAUAGCUGUGCCUACAACUCUCUGCUGACAGUAACUGUGCAGCAACGCAAUAAACGCAUCCCUCAGGUCUUCAUGUUCCAGUGUGAGGAAACUGGGGCAGAGGUCGUCAAGAGUGAUCUGGAUAAGGCAGCGCAAAAAGGAGGUGAUGUUGUGGAGCCACGCAGAGACCAGUCUGACAUCAGGAGUAAUCUUGAGAACAUCAUCGGGCAACAUGUUCCAGGAAGUUUCCGUCAGGCUGGGCCUCGUCCUGUGCAGCAAGAGAGGACCCCACCACCACCGGACCACCCGCCCCCACAGUGGAGGAGCAGAGAACCAGAAAAUAUGCCAUCUCCACCCUUCUUCCCCCCACAAGAGGCAACGAUGCACCAUCCUGAUCUUCAUAAAUUACAGAGUAGCCCAGAGGUCGCUGAGCAAAUGAACACGAAGAGGAACACAGACAUUUUAAACCACGUUAUAAAUGAUUUGGAGAUCUUCAUGGCCAAAGUGUCUGCUGCAGCAAAUGCAUCUUCUCUACCACAAAAAGACAAGAGCAAGAAAAAACAUGCGUUUGGGAAGAAGAAAUCAAAGAAAAAUGCACCAGCAGCAGCUGUCAGUCUGCCACCCUGGGAGGAAUAUGUCUCCUGUCUUCAAAAAAUCAAGUAUGGAUUCAAUCUGCUGGGCCAGCUAGACGGGACACUAACCAGCCCCACAGCUGCUGACUUUGUUCACAUCUUCUUCACUAGUUUAGACAUGAUACUGCCUCAGUAUCCUGCAGACCUGCCUCCCACUGUGCUCUCCCCCCUGCUGACAGAGGCGGCCCUGCGGCUGCUCAGUCGGGUGGUCAACCCGGAGGAAGACGAGCUGUGGAAGUCUCUCGGAGACUACUGGAACUUCCCCAGGUCCAGAUGGCCGGACGACGAUGUCCCACUUUACAUCCCCGAGUUCUACGAUGGCUGGCAGCCGCCUGCCCCCUCACACAUGCCUUCCCCACUCCCUAAUCAGAGUGGUCCAAUGAGGAGGAGCGAGCGUUUACCACCCAGCUCCCAUAAGGCACCCCAGUACAUGCGGGUCAUUUACGACUUUGUGGCCAGGAACAACCGAGAGCUGAGCAUUAUGAAGGGAGAUGUUGUUCAGGUGGUUCAGAAAUCCAAGCAAUGGUGGCUUGUUCGUAACGCUCGCAACGAGGAAGGCAACGUUCCUCAGAAUGUUCUGGAGCAGAUGGAGAGCGACGGGCCCUCUCCCUCACAGCGGGACACUCGUGGUCCUGCCACUCUGGACAUGUCCUCCCCACCUGCAGAGGUCAAAGCCUGGCUGGAGUACAAAGGUUUCUCCAAAAUCACUGCGACCAGCCUUGGGGUGCUGACUGGUAAACUGCUUCUGGGGAUGACCAAGGAUGAGAUUAGGACUGUGUGUCCUGAGGAAGGAGGCAAGGUCUUCUUCCAGCUUCAGGCCAUUAAAUCAGCCAUUGCACUCGCCAGUGAACCAUCGAGCCUGUACAACGGCCGCUACUAAUGUCCUGCUUCACUUCGGUUUGUUUUCUCCUGACUUCAUCUACAGAU